GUCGACACAGCACUAGUCCGUGACACACGUUCCCUCUCUUAUCUGCCAGGCCUACCUUCAAAUUUAAGCAACGCUUUCUGUUCUCCAAGAAAAGUAUAUGCUGCCUUCGUUUCACAACUUAUAAUCACAACUCCAUUCGCAGAUUCACAACCAUUAUCCCAUGAUCUAUACUAGUUUCCCUCACUAAUCGGAAAUGGCGUCGAAAUUUUACAUCACAUUCACACCAUGUUACACAAAGAACCACCACCGAUUGCCAGAAGCGCCGCAACGCUUCUUAUUUUCAAGCGAUUCCAGAGGUAAACGACCGAGUCUGGGAGUUACUAGGGUUUCAGAUGGCGGAGAAUCGUAUCUGGGGAUGUGGAGAAAGGCGAUGGACAGGGAGAGGAAGGAAAUCGAGUUCAAGAAAAUUGUAGAGAACGUGGUCGGAGACGAGGAUAACGGCGGAGGAGACGAGGAUUUGGAGACGAAGAGCAGUGAGUUCUUGAAGAUACUUGAAGUUCCCACUGAGGAGAGGGAUAAAAUUCAAAGAACACAGGUGAUCGAUCGGGCCGCUGCUGCAAUUGCUGUUGCUAGUACACUUCUAAGGGAUGAGAAAAUGCCGAUUGAGAAUGAGUCCUACGGAUUAGGCCAUCUGGAUAAUGACGAUGGCAGAGAGGUUUCUAUAUUUGGGGAUUCACAGCAAGGAUCAUCUAGUAUCGGAACACCAGGUCCAAAUUUCUGGUCAUGGAUACCACCUUCCAAUGAAAAUGACGGAUCUACCCCUGCAUCAAGUAGAAAAACCUCAACAUCUCCCAUUCAACCAAACCCAGUAAUGGAAUUAGAACCUUCCUCAACUCAUCUCAUUCUCCCAUUCGAAAGCAAAACCAAGAAUCCUCCACUUCCACCAUUCCAGUCCCUUAAAGAGGUUGAAAAACAGGAUCUUUCAAGUCCCAUUUUGGAAACUGCUCAACUGAUAGAAGCACAAGAAGUUGAUAAUUUGUUUUCAAGAAAUGCAGAAACUGCAGCUCAUGCUCUUGCUGACGUGGACCCAGUGACAGAUGGCACUAAUGUUGAAGGAUCAAUGUGGUGGAAAGAAACAGGGACAGAAGUGAGAGCAGAUGGAAAGGUGUGUAGGUGGACUUUGACUAGAGGUGUUAGUGCUGAUAAAUCUGUUGAAUGGGAAGAGAAAUAUUGGGAAGCUUCUGAUGAGUUUGGGUAUAAGGAACUUGGAUCUGAGAAAUCGGGUCGUGAUGCUUUUGGGAAUGUUUGGCGGGAAUUUUGGAAAGAAUCGUUGGCACAGAUUGAAGGGUGUGUGCAUAUUGAAAAGAGUGCAGAUAAAUGGGGGAAGAAUGGAAAUGGUGGUGAGUGGCAGGAAAAAUGGUUUGAACAUUAUGGUGGAGGUCAAGCUGAGAAGUGGGCCCACAAAUGGUGCUCCAUUGAUCCAACUACACAACUAGAUGCUGGUCAUGCUCAUGUUUGGCAUGAAAGGUGGGGUGAGAAGUACGAUGGUCAAGGAGGGAGCGUGAAGUACACGGAUAAAUGGGCAGAACGUUUGGAGGGUGACAGGUGGACGAAAUGGGGGGAUAAAUGGGACGAGCACUUUGACCAAAAUGGGCAUGGUGUGAAACAGGGAGAAACAUGGUGGGAGGGGCAAUAUGGGGAACGAUGGAAUAAAACAUGGGGUGAAGGUCACAAUGGGUCAGGGUGGGUCCACAAAUAUGGGAAGAGCAGCAGCGGUGAACAUUGGGACACCCAUGUCCAGCAAGACACGUGGGAGAAGGGAGUCGUCGUGGUUUGGGUGGUGGGUACCGGCGGUACAGUCGGGAUGUGGUACCGUCGGCUUGCGGGAGCAGCAGGUUGGAAGAAACCGGGCUUGCAAUGGGUUGGUGAAGCCGUUUACUUUAUCUCUCGAGAGCUUUCUCUUUAUUAUUCUUUAACAAAAUUCUACAGGGAUGUGGUACCGUCGGCCUGCGGGAGCAGCAGGUUGGAAGAAACCGGGCUUGCAACGGGUUGGUGA